UUGUAGCGGAGGCUGUAGAGGAAAUGGGAACACACCUCUAGUGUUUUCCGAAUGCCAAUAACAAUUCGAUGUCGCAUCAUCCUAUGACACGAGGCACGAUAGAAUUUGAAAGCCGUAUGACGUGUGCACGUGUUGAAGUGCAUUUUCAAGAUUUAUCUCAUUGUCAGAAUGAUAAAUUACAGGUUUCAUUAUGAUUGCGAGGUGUGCCUGCCGUAACACGAGUCUUCUCGCGAAUGUUGCGUCGAUUCAUUUAUUUCGCAAAUCGCGUUUGUCGAACCUCGCCUUCGUUCCAAAAUGUGAUCCAGCGUCAGCGGAGGAUGUGACGAGACUGAAAGAAUUCGUCGAUAAACAUCAACGUCUGUGCGUGCUAACCGGGGCAGGAAUAUCCACGGAAAGCGGUAUUCCUGAUUACAGGUCGGCCGGAGUCGGUCUUUAUGCCCGGAGCAAUCGCAGGCCGAUCCUUUACAAGGAAUUCUGUGACAGUGAGGCAGCCAGAAGACGAUACUGGGCCAGAAAUUACGUCGGAUGGCCAAGGUUUUCCUCCCUCAAACCGAACGUUACGCACAAGAUACUCAAGCACCUGGAGUACGUCGGAAAGGUAGGAUGCGUUGUUACGCAGAACGUAGAUAAUUUACACUCAAAGGCAGGAAGUGGGAAGAUCAUCGAGCUGCACGGAACAGCAUUCAGAGUUAGGUGUCUUAACUGCGAUCGUAAGAUGUGCAGACACGAACUUCAAAGAGUCUUUCAGAAGCUCAAUCCGUCCAUGAUAGCGACUGCCCAGAUGAUAAGGCCCGACGGUGAUGUAGAAUUGUCACAGGCACAAGUGGAAAGCUUCAACGUGCCCGCUUGCGGCAACUGCGGUGGCAUUUUGAAACCGGAUAUUGUGUUCUUCGGGGACAAUGUACCACACGAUGUAGUGCACGACGUAAAGGCCAACGUAGAGAGCUUAGAUGCCCUGCUAAUUCUGGGAACGACCCUCAGUACGUUCUCCGCAUACAGGAUCGUACUGCAAGCGAUGGACGCAAAGAAGCCAACGGCAAUAGUAAAUAUUGGCGAGACUAGAGCCGAUAAAUCUGUAGACUUGAGAAUAACAGGAAGAUGCGGAGACGUUCUGCCAAAGAUUUGGCAGUUGAACGCUUCCGAGGAUCUUGUAAGCUGAUGACGAGUGCGAAUAGUUAUCAAAUUAUGUAUAUGCUAAUUUAUCCGACCAUCGAGCGUCAUCAAAACUACUUGUAUAGUUUACCAUAGCGUAUUGUUUCUUUUUAUUAAUAGAUAAUACUCAAUCUAAAAAGUAUAAUAAACGGAAGUUUUUGACAAA